AUGUCCGACGCCAAAAAAGUGGCUGCAAAUGCUAAUGGCACAAACAAAACACCGUCUGAGCCGACGGCGAAAUCGAGCACAACAACACCUACUGGCCCUCCACAGCAAUCGGCGACAAACCCACUCGAUCAGAUGCCCGACUAUGAGAUUCCCGCAUGGGCGAGUAAACCACCGAACGGUUGCCAUUUGGAUGUGGUCAAAGGCGACCAACUUAUUCAGGUUUUUGCUUUAUAA